UGCUUUUAUGUUGCACGUUCGCAUAUGCGAGCCACCGUUCCCUCUGCGUGGCGUGUUUUCAUCGUCGCGAAAUCAAACGGUGUUUUUCCACUUUAUCGUUCGAUUGAUACGAGUGCAGCGACGGGACGAUGCCACCUCUACCGCGAUCAUUGUGCGACGAAUACCAACCGAUGUGAAACCCGUUGGCGGAUAAUCGAGACGUGUGCGCGUGUUUUGCGUGCCUGCCUGUGUGAUCCGUAGUCGUUUCGACUCGAUAAACCUGUCGGGUGCAUCGCAAACAAACCGCGACAGUAAUCCGCGUUCAAAGAGAAUGCUCGCGAUAGCUUACGAUUAAACGUUCGCCAUUUCCCCGUGAACCAUUCAUCCGGGUAUCGCCGCGAGGAGGAUGUAGUCGCGCGCGAUAUGAAUCGACGACAGACGAAGACGAUCCUCCAGAGAGCGCGACUUCUUUUUCCCCGCACCCUAAACAGCGAAAAGGAUUGAAUCGAGGGAAUAGUAGAUCGAUCGAGCUUGGUCCCGACCUUGAUGACCUAAAAACCGGCUCUCGGCUCGGCGGAAUCGAUUCGUCAGGAUGACGGUACUCGGAGGCUGAGGACACCGUUCGUGCAAGGUCGCGGAAUCCGUCCGGAAAAACUCUCGUACAUCGAAUCGUCCAGAGAAACGCGUACAUCGGGUCGAAGGGAAACUAGAGGUCGAGAAGUGAACGGGGAGGUUCGUUAAUUGCUCAAAAAUGCGCUCCGAUAAUUGAGCGUUAUUCGUCAUCGCAAUAGUGACAGAGGAGAAGACGGAUCUGGGUGAUAAGAAGAGAUUGGAAAAGAAAGCGAAUGGUAGCCGAGAAAGGGAAGAUGACGGGCAGCCGUAACAGGGAACUGAAUCCGGAAGCGGCUGCACGAGGCGAUGGAGGCAAGCACACUGUCCACUGGUUCCGGAAGGGUCUCAGGCUGCACGACAAUCCGUCCUUUAGGGAAAGCCUGGCUGGAGCCACCACCUUUCGGUGCGUGUUUGUCUUGGACCCGUGGUUCGCUGGGAGCACCAACGUGGGCAUCAAUAAGUGGAGGUUCCUGCUGCAGUGUCUAGAGGACCUCGACUGUUCCCUGAGGAAACUGAACUCGCGACUGUUCGUGAUAAGGGGCCAGCCGGCAGAGGCCCUCCCCAAACUGUUCAAAGAAUGGGGCACGACGAACUUGACGUUUGAGGAGGAUCCGGAGCCGUUCGGCCGCGUCCGGGACCAUAACAUCUCGACACUCUGUAAGGAGCUUGGUAUCUCGGUGGUCCAAAGGGUCUCGCACACUCUCUACAAGUUGGACGAGAUCAUCGAGAAGAACGGCGGUAAGCCCCCGUUGACGUACCAUCAAUUUCAAAACGUGGUAGCUAGCAUGGAACCGCCGGAACCGCCAGUGUCGACGGUCACUUCCGUCUGCGUAGGCUCGGCCUACACCCCUCUGAAGGACGACCACGACGACCACUACGGCGUUCCGACUCUCGAGGAACUUGGCUUCGACACCGAAGGGCUUCGACCCCCUGUGUGGGUGGGGGGCGAGAGCGAAGCCUUGGCACGGCUGGGUCGUCACCUCGAGAGGAAGGCUUGGGUGGCCAGUUUCGGCAGGCCGAAAAUGACUCCGCAAUCCUUGUUGCCCAGUCAAACGGGUCUCUCGCCCUACUUACGGUUCGGAUGCUUGAGCACCAGGCUCUUUUAUUACCAGCUCACCGAUCUCUACAAGAAGAUAAAGAAAGCAGUGCCGCCGCUGUCGUUGCACGGGCAGCUGUUGUGGCGCGAGUUCUUCUACUGCGCCGCCACGAAGAAUCCGAAGUUCGACAGGAUGCAGGGCAACCCAAUUUGCGUGCAGAUACCCUGGGACAAGAACGUCGAAGCACUCGCCAAGUGGGCUAACGGCCAAACGGGAUUUCCGUGGAUCGACGCGAUCAUGACUCAACUGAGGGAGGAGGGAUGGAUCCAUCACUUGGCCAGACACGCCGUCGCUUGUUUCUUGACCAGAGGCGACCUUUGGAUCUCAUGGGAGGAAGGGAUGAAGGUGUUCGACGAGCUCCUGCUGGACGCUGACUGGUCCGUCAACGCAGGGAUGUGGAUGUGGUUAUCGUGCAGCUCCUUCUUCCAGCAAUUCUUCCACUGUUACUGUCCAGUGAGAUUCGGCAGAAAGGCCGAUCCCAAUGGCGACUACAUCAGACGAUACCUGUCCGUUUUGAAGAAUUUCCCUACGAGGUUCAUCCACGAGCCCUGGAACGCACCCCUGAGCGUCCAGCGCGCUGCAAAGUGCAUCAUCGGCCAGGACUACUCGUUGCCUAUGGUGAAUCACAGCAGGAGCUCCAGGAUCAACAUCGAGAGGAUGAAGCAAGUCUAUCAGCAGCUCAACAAGUAUCGCGGAAACGGGGCAUCCCUCAAGGGAGAGACAGUUGGCUUGUUGAACGCGUUACCUCCGCCGCCAGUGAAGGAAAAAGCCGAGGAGGAAGCGAAGCAGAAGCCACCGUCACCGUCUCCCGAGACCCAGCCGAAAAUGGAGGUACUCGAUCCGACGACGCAGCAUCAGCACCAAUAGCGACAGCUGCAGCGACGUGGCGUCGAUAACGCGACCUCAGCAAACGAACUGUCGAUCGUUCACCGCCUAAUUUAUACGAUUAUUUAUUUGCAUUUUCUCCGAAUAUUUCACGAUUCUCCGGCACGGAUGGUUCGAAAUUCUUAUCUACGCGAAAAAGAGAUAAACAAUUGUUCGGAGAGUAACCUCUCGCCAACAUGGGCCCCGUUUGAAUCCAUCAUGGAAUUCAUUAUGGCAGUUAGACGUCCUACGUAGUCGGGACGAAUGGUCCCGGAAAGUAUUUUUCAACGAACGCGAAACUUUCGUGAAAUUCGACGUUGAUCGCACGUUCCAUUCCCCAAAGUACAAUUUGUUACAACGUCCACGUUCACGGUAAAAAGAGUAGCGGUGACGCGCACUUUAUAUUCUUAUCGCUGUACAUAAAACACGUGCGUCAUAAAUAGAUUUUUCAUGUAAGCCUGAACGAUUAUUUUUAACCCUUUAACACUGUAACUAUAGGUACGAAGGGACUAAUAGUCUUCGAUAGAAGGAUGGGUUAUUCACUUACCUCGAAGAAGAGUCCCGUCUCGUCUUCUCGACUAACAAUAAGUUGGGGGAGCUAGAUAAAUUCGCCUCUAACAUUGUAAUAGAUUACGUGCUGCGUCGAGCUCGUAAAAAGACGCCUCGCGUGUUCUGUAACAGGCCAAAGGGAAUUUUGGACGGUUUGGUACAGGUGUCGGUUACUAUUAGUACCAUCUAGUGUACGAUACAGAAAACAGCGUCGUUGCCAUGUUCUUGGUAUGCACAUUUGCGGACGCUACUUUUACCAAGUGACGCUACUGGUUGUAUUUAUACCGUGGUUUGGUUAACAAAAGUAUCCGGAAAAUAAUAAUUUGGGUGGGAGGGAUGAAUCAAAAAAUUUGUUCUCGUUAAAAAAGCCUACAGGAUGGGUGGGUGUUCGAUAGACACCGUCACGAAUCGAGGGUGAUAAAGAAACGGUAUCCGUCUGUCUUGGAAACGCGCGCCGCAGCCGACAAAGCAUUACGUCACUCGGGUUUUUUUUAUUUUUUCAUGUCAACAAAUGAUAUAUUUUUAGUGCCUAUAGUACUUAUAGUUUUACAGUACAUUUCUCGUUAGAUUUAAACAAUUACAAAUGAACAUUCCCCAACACUCAAAAGACGGAACUCUAAUGUUUUUCUCCUUUUGCAAGCUACCUUUCGCGCUCUCGUCGCGCUCGUGCUCGCACGCACACGCACACGCAUACAACGCACGCAAUCUCUCCUUCUUUCAUUCGAUCGUUUAUUUAUUUAUUUAUCUUUUUUUUUUCUUCUUUUAUUAUAACUCCCAUUCUUUCGCCCUUAAAUUACAGAUUUAUUAAUUCAUUUAUUUCCUUCGCUCGCGUCUCGUGUGGCUCUGUGUGUGUGUGUCUGUCUGUGUGUGUGUGUGUGUGUGGAUAUUUCUCAUUUCUUUUUUGUCUUUUUUUUUUACAAACGCUUGUACGUGCGUGUAUGUGUGUGUGUCACUCUCUUCCCUCUCUCGCGGUGCAUUCCUCGCGUCGCGCGAGUUGAUCGGAAUUUUUUCGAUCUCCGAAAUGCGUGGCGAACUUUUUUCUUUUGUUGCAUUAAUAUGGAUCGAUCAUAAUACGGUAUCACAGUACAUAAUACAGUACAUAAUACAGUUUUAUUUAUGUACGAAAUCGUACGAUUACAACAGUUGAUAUUUUAUAUCAAUGAUACUUUUGUGAAAAUUCUCGGAGCAAAACUACAGUCAACGUAUACGAAUUAAUUUCGUUUCGUUCAAAUUUACUUUCUAGUUUGUAUUCCCAACAUUUUGUAAUUUCCUGUAUCGAUUGGAAUCCCAACUAUUUCGUCAUUUUCCACACCAGGGAUGCAUCCGAAAACUAGCAAACCGUUUCACAAUUUCUCGCCUCGAGAAUAAGUAAACAAACAUCGAAAUAAAACCGCGAGGCAAUUUUUCCCAAAAAGCGAACCGAAUUCUCCUGUCCAGGGGCGAUCUCCUCAACCUCCCAAAUACCGUAAAUACCGGGGCUGCCGCGAAACGUCAGGAUUAUCGCGGAAACGUCGUUCAUAAAUUCGCGAGAGGCGUUGAUCUCCCGUUUUCCGGCUAACGCAACCUCCGAAAAGGAAAGCUAUUUCGAAGCUCGACGAUUAGGCUACCGCAGCCGUGCGAAACUUUAUUCGAACGAAGCAUCAGGAAUGGAAAAUAUCAAAUUAAUCGUACAAUGGCAAAGAAGAAUGUCGAGAUCGCCCAAAGUACAUCGUGGCGUAACGCGAAGCAUUAACGAUAAAUCGACGAUGUAAUUGAAUUAAUUACUGUUCGACCGAAGCUUCGUGUACGCAUAUCGAAUUCCAAUUUACCGGUAAUUAAUCGAGCCGAAUUAUUAACGCAUGCGAUACGUCUUUACAUUCCGAAUGAAUUGUUAUUAAAUAAUAAUCUCUACUCGAUUAAUUCGAGAAUAUUAGACUUCGUUAUUUGAAAGGUGAGUAACGAGGCUCGCGGGGGUGGGAGGGGGUUGAAGAAAGACGCGAAAGAUGGAAACGAGUGGGAGAAAAGAAAGAAAGAAAGAAAAGGGUAGGGAGACGGUUCGGAUCCGAGGCAACGAGAGGAUCGGCUCGAUUACUGAUAAAAACGAUAUCGAACGGGUGGAAGGGAGUGGG